UGUGUAUAAAACUAAGUUGUAAUAGUAAUGGAUGUUAACAUUGAUAGCAAGUGAUGAGACUAUUAUCAUGAUUAUAAUGUCAUCAGGUUGCAGUUAAAUUAAUCAACAAAAUUAAAGUGACUGAAUGGGGACUUCAUAAUGGACAUAAUAUACCAAUGGAAAUUAUUCUCUUGAAAAAAGUUUCUCAUGUUUCUGGAUGUAUUAAAAUGUUAGAUUGGUAUGAAGUGAAAAACAAUAGUGCUCACAGUUAUGUUAUAGUGAUGGAACGACCAGAGCAUGUUCAAGACUUAUUUGACUAUAUCACAGAAAAGGGCGCUGUAAAUGAAGAAACCAGCAAAGUGUUCUUUAGACAAAUAGUAGAAACUCUUUAUAAUGUACAUAGAUUAGGUGUUGUACACCGAGACAUUAAAGAUGAAAAUAUUUUAGUGGAUUUGAAAACUGGUGAACUGAAAAUAAUUGACUUUGGAUCUGGUACAUUGCUCAAAGAUACAGUUUAUGUGACCUUUGAUGGUACAAGAGUGUACAGUCCUCCUGAAUGGAUAAAACACCAUCGGUACCAUGGUAAAUCAGCAACAGUGUGGUCACUGGGAAUUUUAUUAUUUGACUUAGUUUGUGGAGAUAUUCCAUUUGAACAAGAUGAACAAAUCAUGAAAGCAGAAGUAUCAUUUAGGGGAAGAUUAUCACAUGAUGUGAAAGACUUAAUAAAAAAGUGUUUAGCAAUUCGUCCAUCUGAUAGGCCAUCUUUUGAAGACAUUUUAAAUCAUUCAUGUUUAGCAACUCCACAGUUGCCAGUUGAGAAACUUAGUUUACAUGGAAAUAAUAACAAUAGUUCUUGCCAGCAUGGAAAUUCUGUAGACACUGUUUCAAUGAGUAGCCAAGAAAGUGUGUGACGAAACCUUAUAACAGAAUAGAUUUAGUCAAUAUUCUGUGCAACAGAAAAAUGCAAUAAACUAACUCAUGUAACUCAUUCCAAUGCUCAGGGAUUAAUCAACAUGAUCAAACAAUUUGCCAAAGUCAAUCUUUUACAAAAAUCUUCUCCUCUGAAACUACUGGGUCAAAUUAAACCGAAUGUAGCCACAAUCAUUAUUAGGGUAUAUAGUUUAAAAAAUGUGUGUGGUGGCCCAGCCAACCAACCAAGAUGGCUGCCAUAGCUAAAAAUAGAACAUGGGGGUAAAAUGUAGAUUUUGGCUUAUAACUUUGAAACCAAAGCAUUCAAAGCAAAUCUUACAAGGGGACAACUUGUUUAUCAAGUAAAAAUCUAUAUGCCCUGAAAUUUUCAGAUGAAUUGGAGAACUGGGAUGUCAUAAUUGUUUGGACUAAAUUACACAGUGCUUUCCAAAAAUGAUUUGAAAUCAAUGUGGUUGUUGUCAGGAUGAACGCUGAGCGUAUAAUAUCAGACAAGAUAAAUGUUAUCCAUCAUUGUCCAUAAGCCAAAGAUUGAUAAAAAAAAAUUGAGCUUGAAGUUGAAAUUCUAAAACAAUAACUAAUCUGAUGUCUCAUAUCGUAUCACUAUCAUUCUGUGCUUUGUGACAAAAUAGAAAUAAUAUGACUAACCGCUUAUAUUCGGAAUUGUUACAGUGUCCAAAACAAAAUUAAUAAAACACAUGCAAUAUUUCAUUUUCAAUAUUUUGUGCAAAGAACGCUAUGAUUACUACACUGUGACCAAAUUUCAAAUGACAUAAUGCAGCCUGUGACGUCAAGUAUGAAUCGCUGUAAUUCGACGCAAUAUAGUUCAUUUGUUAUUUGCUUUUUUAUUGUAAAUAUUUUUAUUUUUUCGUAAUUACCGAUAAACAGAAUAAAGGACUUUUUGUUUUUGAUACUGACUUUAUCACUGUGAAAUUUCAGGUUCGGGCUCACCUGAUAUAACACAGUGAUAAAGUCAGUAUCAAAAACAAAGAGUCCUUUAUUCUGUAUUUAUUGGCUUAUGCUUUGCAACAUUAUAGUAUAUUUACACUAUUUUAUGUAUGAUUUUGGUUAUACUGUUGAGUUACUUUAGUAUACAUUUCAAUGAAUACAAAUUUUGAUUAUUUAGAAGAAUGAAAUAAAGUGAACUUGGACUUGUGUAUGCAAAAAAAUGAAUGCUCUAAUUGAAAAAGAUAAUUAAGUUUGAAAUAGAAUUUAAAACAUAUAACACUUAGAAAAAAUAAUGUGCAAAGCCCAUUAGGAAUGAUUAAUCAAACAAAACAGAAAUGUUAGAUGGUCUAUCUAAUGAAACAUGCUUGGUAUAAUUGGUUUUUAUGGUGUAGUAAGAUAGUACUAUGAUGUAAGAUGGUCUAUCUAUUGAGUGUAUAUGUUGUGUACAAGUUAUCAUUUUGUUUAAAUUAUAAUUUGUACAAAAUUUGACCAAAAUUCACUUAUAACUUGUACAUGUUGUACAACAGUUUUAAAUACGAAUUUUGGUGAAAAAUGCAAUGAUUCACACAAUAGAAUUGUAAUUAACUGACAACACACUAAACCUUAUUAACAUAAUACACCGUUUAUACACAACACUUACUACAAAAGGCAGGUUGAUCUUUGAAAUUUUUGAGAGAAAAAAAAAUAAACAAAUAGGAUUUUUUUCAAAUUUUUAAUACAUAAACGUCUUUUUCUUAAAAAAAAAAUAUCAUUCAAUAGUACUGCUUGAUUAGUUCUUAUCGUUAUUUUGAGGUAUUUUUUUUUAUUUAGAAACUUUGCAAACGAUUACGGGGUAUAUUUGUAAAAUUUCAUAUUUCAUAUUGUUGAAAAAAAACAAUGAUAAAAAAAGGCAAAACAACAACUGACAUAUUCCUGACUUUAGCAUAGUCAUAUUCCUAACCAAAUGGGGUGUUUAAUCUUCUGGGAUAUUUAUUUUGUCUAAAAGUCUGACUGAAGCAACUAAAUACACAUGUUUAUUCACAGCAACAGUUCCUGAGCUUCAACGCUCGCUAUAUGAAACAGUUAAAAUGCCUGUAAAACAGGUCGUUAUCGAUUUGAGAGUCAAAAGAUGGUUUGCAAUACCUGAUUCCAUAAAUCACUAUAUCACCUGCUCUAACAAUUGAUAAAGAUCUACUUUUGAAUUAUGUAACUUAGGUUUACUUUCAGGUCAUUUAGUACGUAGCAAUUCAAUAAUGUGUAUCAAUGCUUUUUUCGCCAAAAUCCGUAUAAAAAAUUAUUGUACAAGUUAUUUAUAUAUAAGUGAAUUUUUGUCCUAUUUUGUACAAAUUGUAAUUUGUACAAGCACUUUUUGUACAAAUUACAAUUCGUACAAAGUCAAAAUACAAAUUAUAAUUUGUACAAUAUUUUUGUACUAAUUAUAAUUUGUACAAAAUGAUAACUUGUACAUAACAUAUAUAUAUAUAUAUGACCAGUAUGUACUAUUAUGUGGAUGCAGUAUAUUAACAAUUAGUAAAUUUUAUGAUUCUGAAGUACAGAGUUUAUUUUUAGACUUGACAAUCGAAUGAUGUAAAUGUUUUCUUUUUGUGUUCAUUGUUAAAUUUUGGCAAGGUGAUGCCAUCUGUAACUUACAUUUUAAUUCACUUGUUAAGUACAGCUCUUUAUAAGAACCAGGCAGAGUGCCAUAUACAUGUGAUACAUGGGGGGUUUCAGAUUUUAUCUAUAAUUGGCCUAGUAGAAGCAAUAAAUGAAUGUUGCUCAAAAAAUAAUUUUGAGUGGGAAAAUAUGAGUGGUUGCCAUGGUAACGGACACACCAUUUUUUGGUUGUUAAGCUUGGUAAAAUCUUUCAAAAAUCAGCUAAAUCACCACAUUUCAGAGCCUGAUUAUGAAUAGAAUCAUGCAUUUUUCAUUAAUUUUCAUAUGUAACAUUGAUAGAACUUGGUUUAAGCUUAAUUUUAGUGAAAAUUGCAUGUCAACCGAUUUUUUCCUUGGAAACGGAGUUUUUAUUUGCAGAAUAUUGCAGUUUAAGAGCUUAAAUGUCCUGAAUUUUUCAUAACCGAUAAAAAAAUACAUAAAAUCUAACACAAACUUUAAAUAACAAUCGUCAAGUGUUGUUGACUUCAAUUGUUACCACGGAAACACAUAUUAUCCAUAUCAACAUCCACUCUGAAAUUGCAUAAAUAGAAAUUUAUGUAAAAAAAAACAUAAAUAGAGGAUUAUUAUUUUUUGAGCAGUAUUCAUUUAUUGCUUCUACUAGGCCAAUUAUAGAAAAAAUCUGAA